AUGGACAAACAAAUAAGUAAAAUAACAAUAGAAAAUGACUUUUAUUCUGUUGAAAAUGUAAGAGCAAAUCCACAUAAACUAUUUGUUUUUGGUGAUAAUAAUGCCUCGCGUGGUAAAAAGGGUCAAUCUAUAAUACGUGAUUGUCCAAAUUCACAUGGAAUACCAACAAAGAAGCAUCCAUCACUUCAUCGAUCAUCGUUCUAUACAGAUAAAGAAUUGAAAGAUAAUAUCAAAAGAAUUGAUGAAUCUAUAGCCAAACUUAAAGAACGUUCAUCAGAAUACCAAGAAAUAGUGUUACCUGCUGCUGGUCUUGGAACUGGUCUUGCGCGUCUUCAAGAAAGUGCACCAAAAACUUUUGAACAUUUACAAAAAGAAUUAAAUAAAUUAAAACAAACAAUUUAA